GGAAUUGGAGGAUGAACAUGGCUGAUCACCUCAACAGCAUCCCGCCCUUCUUCUUGUGUCCAAUCUCUCUCCAAGUCAUGGAGGAUCCCGUCACCGUCGCCACCGGCGUCUCCUACGACCGCAGCAGCAUCAGCCGUUGGCUGGUCGACCACGACAAGUGUCCGGUCACCAACCAGCGCCUCGCCGAUCUUACUGUCACCCCAAACGACACCCUCCUCCGCCUCAUUCGCUCCUGGUCCGCUGCCGCCAACGCCGCCGCAGCCGUGGACUCCUUCCCGGAGAUAUUGGAGAUUCUCCGCGAUCUCAAUGACCAAUCGGCUCAUUCCGUCUGUAAAUUUAGAGCUCUCGAGAAGAUCAAGAUUCUUCUUCUCGGCGGCACUGACGGCGGAUGUAUUGAAACAGUUCGCAUGGAGAAAGCGGGCGUGACUUCUCUUGUGGCCUCGCUGAUGUCCCGUCCAUCGUCACCGACGGAAAUCACUGACGACUUUAUUAUACUAAUCAACGAGGCGGCCGUCACGCUGUACCUCCUCAAGCCGUCGCCGGAGACGCUCAAGGCAGUCUCCGAGCGCGACGGCGGCGAACUCAUCAAUUCCCUCGCUUCCCUCCUGCAACACGGGUCGUACGAGGGCAGAGUCCGCGCGGCUCUGCUCCUCCAGUCGGUUUUCGAGAUCGUCGGCGAGGAGUUCAAAUCCCGGCUGCCUUUCGAUGUCAUCGAGGCCGCAGUGGAGGUUCUUAAGGACCAGAACGUUAGCCGGAGGACGACCAUGGCGCUCCUAGCCGUCCUCCUCGAGGUGCUGCCGCGGGGCAAGAACCGGUGGAAGGCGGUGGAGGCAGGGGUGGUGGAGGUGAUGGUGGCGCUGCUGGUGGAGGAUGGCGCCCGGGACAAGAGGAAGUGCGAGGCCAUGAUGGCGGUGCUGGAGCUGGUCUGCGGGAAGGCGGAGGGGCGGGCGGAGCUGGUGUCUCACCCGGCGGGGUUGGCCGCGGUGGCGGCGAGGAUGGUGGGGGUGUCGAGCGCGGUGACGGAGCGGGCGAUGGCGGUGCUGGGGCUGGUGUUCAGGAACUGCAGUGGCGGAGCGGUGGUGGAGGAGCUGGUGCAGGUGGGAGGAGUGGCGAAGCUGUGCGUGGUGGUGCAGGUGGAGGAGAACAGGAGGAUCAGAGAGAUGGCGAAGAGGAUUCUGGCGAUGCACAUGAAGGAGUGGAUCAAGUCCCCUUGCUUUCCUUCUUAUCGAUUACCAUGAAUCCAUGAAAUCUUCAAAAUUCUGUAUCUUAAUUUUUCAGAUUUCAAUUUCAAGGUUUGGAAUAUGUAAAGAAGAAAAUUAAAUUUGUAGAUAAGCAAUGAA